GGUCAUUUCGAUGAAUGACAUUCGGUAGUCGUAGUCAGUCGUUACUUUCGCUCAUGAGCUCCUGCGGUGACAAGUUUCCGGAUAAGUUGUCGAGAAAUAGGUUUUCGAGUCAAAGGGACGUCGUCGAGCUGUGAUUAAAUGUGCGCUUUCACGCGCGAAUCCUGAGAAUAAUGUUUAAAGGGUUCACGGAAACCGAUAACCGCGAUACCGAUAGUGAAACGUCGAGCAGCUGUGGAUAAUUCGAGUACACUGUACACACGUUUUACACGCUCGAGUAGAUUUAUCGAUUCGAACCGGGCUUGUAUCGUUGCUUGUCACAGUUGCUACCCUUAACCGUGCCAGGGUUACAAGACCCGCAAAAGAACGUAACACGUAUUUUUCCAUGGGUCGACAGAACAAAGAGGGGCAGACGAAGAACGAAUCGGUUUGCUUGAAAGUGAGAGUGAGUCGUCAGUCAUAACCAAAGUAAGAAGUGAGGGAAACACCGGACCAGUCUAUCUGGAUUACGUAUCGGAUCGGAUCGGAUCGGAUCGAAUCGUAAAGUAACGAACGAUGCGACAGUGAUUAAACCAUUAAACUACAUCCCGCGAUAUGUGACGCUCGGACACGUUACUAUUAUACAAUAGAAGCCUGACUUUUCUUCAAAUUUUCGAUAAAUCGUUGAUCGAACGGUUCGUUCUUAUGUCGAUUAAUGGUAAAAAGCAAAGAUGAUGACCGUUGACCACGUCAACAAGAAAGCACCCGACGGUGGUUGGGGUUGGUUCGUUUGUCUUGGUAGCAGCUUGAUUACGCUUUCUUUAAGAUCGUUGGAUCCAUCGUUUGGUCUUCUCUUUCACGACCCUUUGGAGGAACUUGACAUUGACUCCACAGGAACGUCAUUGAUAAUGAGUAUUCUUGAUGCCAUCGUUAACUUUUCAGGUCUUUUAAUAGGACCAUUAUUAAAGAAAUAUUCAUACAGACAAGUGGCAUUCUUCGGAUCUCUUUUGAGUUGCACUGGACUGAUACUUACGUCGAGAGCUAAUAGCAUGUUUCAUAUUAUUUGCACGUACAGUAUUUUAGGAGGCUUAGGAACUGGGUUAGCGAUCGCAUCGUCUUUUGUAGCACUAAAUACGUUUUUUGAUAAAAAACGAGGGCAAGCCGUCGGUUUUUCAAUGGCAGGCACGACAUUGGCUAUGAUGCUGGUACCGCAAUUUAUACAUAUUCUUUUGUCAGCUUAUGGAUUUCGAGGAGCAACUAUGAUCGUUGGAGCGUGGGCGCUACAUUCUACGGUCGGUGCCUGUUUAUUACGACCACUGGAACCCAAGGAAAGAAAAGUUGCGGAAAAGGAUACAAAUAGGACAGCUGAAAGCGACAUUCUAUUACGCGAAAACAACAACGGAGCAAGGAAAAAGCUUGAAAAUGAUAUCGAGAUGUCGAAAAUCGAUAUCGGCAAAGAUGACGAGAAAGAUGGCGAGAAAGAUGACGAGAAAGGAAAACACGACCAAUCAUUCUUCGAGAGGAUAAGGAAAACCUUCGAUUUGGACCUUUUAAAAGAUAGCAUUUACUUAAACGUGAUCAUCGGUUUGAGUCUGUAUUAUGUUGCCGAAUCGAACUUCAAACUGAUGACUCCGUUUUUUCUGUCUAGUAUAGGAAUGACCAACGUGGAAGUUGCUUCCUGUUUGUCGAUAACUGCAUUCACCGACAUUCUUGCUCGACUCGUACUCCCCACCAUUUUCGACAGAUACGGAUUCAAAAAGAGAUCCGUCUUCUGGGUGUUCUGCCUGCUGGUAGGAAUUGGACGAUCCAUUUUGGCAGAACAAUCCAAAGGAAUAUUCUUAAUAGUGACUUUUGUAGUAAUAGGAUUUUUACGAGGAGCUACUUUGGUGAAUUUGAAUCUCAGCGUCUCCGAAUGUUGUUCCUUGAAAAAGCUGCCCAGUGCCUUUGGAAUGUUCAUGGUGUCCAAGGGUUUAUUCGUUGUAACGUUGAGUCCUUUAAUCGGAUACAUCAGAGACGUAAGUCAAAGUUAUACCAUUUGUAUACACGUUAUGACGUUCAUGAUAACCAUCACUUUUGUUGCAUGGAGUUUCGAAUUUGUGUACGGUGCGCUCAGAACAAGGGCUACUUUAGCGAAACAAACAGAACCAAGUAACGUUAUAGAAUGAUGGAAAGUAUGAGAAAACUUGCCAGUUUCACGGAAAAGCUGCACACUGAUCUUUCGAGAAUUUC